AUGCUUUCCUCUUCCUUAUUUCUUCUUACAACUCUUCCUUUCGUUUUAUGUGCACCUAUUCAACAAUGGGCUGUGGAUACAAAACAACAUGUUAACCAAGUCUCUUUGAUGCUUCACGAUGAUAUCCAGGCUUAUUAUGAAAAUAUUGCUGACGAAGUCAUUAGUACACACAGUGAAGAUGUCUUGGUACAAUUGGCUCAAGCCAUGAAUGACCAAACUACUUUGGAAACAUUCUUACAACCUCAAGCUAUUGCUUUACUUCAUCAUCCUGUCCAAGAAACAUGUUUGAUGCGAAUGCCUGGUAUGAUUGCUCAACAAUUACAUCGAUUACAUACAAAAGUAUUGGAUGCAAUGGAACCUACUUUGGACAAAUUAUUACAAGAGUACCCUAUCCAAGACGAUAUGAUGCAAUUGACAUUAUUGAAUGCUGCUAUGGGUGAACAUGUGACUCAACUGUUCGAUCGCUUACAACUGGAACACAAGGUGGCUUUGGAUCUUUCCGCGUGUGAAAUUCAACAAAACCAACAACAACAGAAACCUCGUCCUCCUCCAUCUUCCUUUUGGCUUUUAUUGAAAAGUGUAUGGAAAAAAGCUACUUUGACCUCGUCUCCACCUGCUGGUCGUAUGAUGGCUGAAUUGGACAAUAAUCCCAUGGAUCAACAUAUCACUGUGGUGGAAGAUCAUCAUCAUCAUCAUGAUGCUUCUCUUUUCGUGCCUGGUCCUUCCUUAUUACGUUCUCAUUUGGAUCAUCUGGUCACUGCCUUACUUUUCGAAUUUGAAGACCGGCUUCUGGAUUUAGAAACUACUUUACGAUCGGAUGUCUUUGAUGAACAAGUUUUAUAG